UCACCUGCACCAGCGCACAGACCAAGGUUCCAGUUAGCGGAGUUUGAACGCCUUCUCACACAGCGACUCGUUACACGUUUCUAAAAAGUUGACAGGUGCGCUCGCACAGCAGCUUAGUGAGCUCUUGUAAUUGCGCCUCAUCGUCGCAAGGCUCCGUUGUAAUACCUUGCCAUGCCUGGCACACAUCUCCUCCCACCAAAUCUUUUAAAACUAUUUGCACCUCGACCGCCUCUUCCUUAUGCACGACCAGUUGGCAAAGAUAUCCACCGUGUAACUUCCAAAAAUGUUGAUGGCGUUGCAAGUAUCCUAGCGCGACUCAAGGAGGCCUCAACUGCAACAUUGAUCGCAGGGAAUGGCGAAGUUGGGGACGGGAUGGAAGAAGGCGAGGAACCUGCAUUCACACUAGCCGAAGAAACCAAACGACAAAUUCGGAGAGAGGAACGCAAAAAGAAAAAGACAGAAGAGUUCAAGAUCGCAAAGGAGACCUACAAGCCUGCGGAUGACGCGGAAGCCAUUGGAGACCCAUAUAAGACGCUCUUUAUAUCACGUCUGAAUAAAAACGCAACCGAAAGUGACCUCCGACGCGAAUUCGAGAGUUUUGGCACUAUUGAACGGGUAAGACUAGUGCGGGACCAGAAAGGCCGGUGCAGAGGCUACGCAUUCAUUGUCUAUGAACGCGAACGAGAUAUGAAAGCGGCUUAUAAGGAAUCUGAUGGUUUGCAUAUCAUGGGAAAACGCAUACUUGUUGAUGUCGAACGCGGCCGGACUGUAAGAGGAUGGAAACCUCGUCGUCUUGGUGGAGGUCUUGGCGGACGCCCGAAACCAGUCGAACAACCUGUAUUACCCCCUCCGAGAGUUUCCAGUGGACGAGGCGGUUUUGCAGGAGGUGGGGGCGGGGGGAGGGGUGGAGGAUUCGGUGACCGAGGCGGAUUUCGCGGCGGUCGCGGUGGCGGAUUUAGAGGCGGCGGUGGCGGCUUUGGGGACCGGGGUGGCGGCUUUGGGGACCGGGGUGGUUUCCGUGGUGGAGGUGGAGGUGGCUUUCGAGGUGGACGUGACGAUGGCUACAGGGGUGGUCGAGGCGGGGGCGUUGGUUACCACGGAGGUGGAUUUGGCGGUGAUGCUCCUGCUAAUGGCUUCGGCCCUCCAGGUGCUCAAGCUCCUGGUGGUCCCGGGGGCUUUGGCGGUCCUCCACAACAAGGCUAUGGACCACCAGGGGGUGGCUUUGGUCCAGGUAGAGGCGGAUUCCGUGGAGACCUCAAACGUGAAGGACCUGGUGGGUAUGAUGACAGGGACGCCAAGCGACCGCGAUAUUAGUUGCGGCUGGGUGAGAUACGUCCAGUUCUUUUUCGGUUCUCGUGCUUCUUGCUUCAAGUCCUAUGAUUCCGCGCUAGGUGGGGUGUGUAAGUACUGAACGCUUUUGUUGUCACAUUGCUCUGCAGCCUUUGCGUAAGUAUCACUAUUUUAUUGCUAGGAGAUGGCGUA